AUGUCCAUCCGCAUAGCUCUCGACAAUCCGCCCGAGUUCUUCACGAACCUCGACCACGUAACAGGACGCAUCAUCCUCGGGCUCAGUCGCUCGGAACAGGUGGGCAGCAUAGUCGUGAAGCUAGAAGGAGAAUCUGUCACUGCGCUCCAAGUCCCGAAUCCUUAUGACGAGACGGGCCCAAGACCGACUGGUCCGCUGCCUGGUCCACCCGGCAGCAUCGUGAGUGAAAACCACAAGAUUUUGUACAAGGUCCAGCAGGUGUUCCCCGACGAAUACCAUUCAAGCUCUUCGAACCCUUAUGGCGCCUUUCCGCUGCAGCCGGGGGAGCACGAGUUCCCCUUUAAGUUCAAGCUGCCCAUCAACAAUGCCUGCAGCGACCCAAUGGCCAUGUCCAAGAUUGGGGGCCUCGCGGGCGUAGGCGGCUUUGGAUCCGGCGGCGGUCUCUUCGGCAUGGGUGGAGUUCGAGUCAUGGAUGGCACGAAACAGCUACACCUUCAACAUGUCACGCGGACUCUCCCGCCGUCCUUGACGGGGUAUCCCAUGGAAGCUGAGAUUCGCUACUACAUCAAGGUCACGGUCCAGCGUCCCGGUUUUCUCAAGGAGAAUUGGAGAUACCAAAUCGGAUACAAGUUUCUGCCCAUUGAGCCUCCGAGGCCGAAACUAACUGGCCAAGAAGCAUUUGCGCGUCGUCCGUUUGCCUUUCGACCGCGAUCGCCCGUUCCACAAAAUAAAAGGAAGAACCCCCUGUUCGCGAAGAAGAGUGAGAAUAAGAGCAGCAAUAACGACUCGAGUGCCAACGGUUCCAGCAGCAACUCACCAGACGCGGCCCCGGCGCCGUCCAUCGAGAUGUCGGCUCGACUUCCUCACCCUUCGAUCCUCACAUGCAACCAGCCCAUCCCUCUGCGGCUAAUCGCCAAAAAGCUGACCAACUGUCCGGAACAAGUCAAUUUGAUUUCCUUCCAGAUGGACCUCAUUGGAAUCACCGAAGUGCGGACGUACAACAUCUUCAACAGGAAGAUGAACCGCUGGGUCGUCGUCUCCAACGCCGAUCUCAACAUCCCCCUGACUUCGGGGCCAGGCGCAGAAGUCGGCUCCGAAGUCGUCGUGCCGGAUGGCCUGUGGAAAGACAAGCCGCUCCCCAAUACCGUUGCGCCGUCGUUUGUCACCUGCAAUCUAUCCCGGAGAUAUGAGGUGGAAAUAAAGCUGGGACUGUGCUGGGGCAAGGCCAAAUCGGGCUUCAUCAGCAACGCCCCCCAGACAAUAUUCCUCCCACUGCACUUUGCAGCGACGGAAGUCUUCUCGGGCAUAACGCCGCCGCCGGAGCUUGUCAAGGCCGCCAGAAACACUCGACCCGGCCGGGCGACGCUCAGCAUUCCCCCACGACUGCCCCCGAGGCCAGGCAAUUCAGCGGCCAACUCACCAGUUGGCCCGCCGCAUACGCAGAACCAGGCGUCGAAUCCAAACCAGCCCCAUGCGCCGAGACCGCAAGUACCACAGCGGCCACCACAAGAUCCGCUGUACCCCCCUCAGCUACUGCCUGGACAAACGGUGCCGCCAUACGACGACGCACCGCCGAGCUAUGACGAAGCAAUGGCCGAGAACAUGUCAGGGCCGUUUGAAGGAAUGCAGUCCCGGCCAGCAUACAGCGGCGUUACCAACGAGAACGCGCCGAGUCAAAUGCCCGGGGAGAAGAGGUAA